AUGGCAACCAAAACCACAAUCCCUAUGACAGAUAGGAGGAGGCACAAGCAGGAGCAGCCACCCUUAGUCCUCUUGUUCAAUAUUGCAAGCCUCCUCUGUACUCGCUGCUCGAUUAGACAAAACCACAAACUAAGAAUCAAUUUUGGAAAAAUUCCCAAUAAACAGGAGAGAUGUUGGAUAGCUCACAAAGAUUGCUUGCCAGGAAGCUUUGAUAGAAGAGAUUGUAGGCUGUCCAGUCUAGUUCCCAGUAUGGUUAUUUUCCUCCGAAUAGAAGAUGCAUGCCGUUGGGCUUCUGGCCCAGAUGCUGGCAGCGAGUUCCUUUCAGAUAUCAUGUUCGUGAUGUCAUCAGAAAGUCUGACUGCUUCAUUAUAUUCCCUUACCCAGGAGUCUCCAGAAGAUGCCAUUGGCUGA